UUUUAUUUUCAUUUUAUCCUCUCUCGUUCUUUGCGUGGCCCUGCAAUGGCUGCCUCCUUCUCCCUCGCUCCUUCCCAAAUCUUCCUCUCCCAUCGCCAUCUUUCUUCUCCGUCUCCGAAGUCACUCCACAAAUCCAUCCUUCUAUCCUCUUCCUCUUCCUCUUCUUCAUCGUUCACAGAAGCAGCUACAAAUCCGAUCCUCUCAGAGGGAGUAGCAGAACCGGCGGCGGCGGGGGCUGUUGCAGAGCAAGAAGAGAGCUCCAAAACACUACUAGAUCCAGUCACAGAGGACCCUCUAUUCAAGGGGUGCAAGACCUGCGGGAGAGAGGUAAUCGAGAAGGGUUGCAACGGCGAGGGCCGAAUUCAAGGCGGGAUCGCAACCGUCCCAGGCUUUGGCUGGUGGCCGAUAAAAGCCUUUAGGCCUUGCCCGGGGUUUGUAGCAACUGGUGGGAGGUACACAAGGAAAGGGCAAAGCAUGGACGAGGUUGCAUUUGGCAGGGACGGAAGAGAUACGCCCGCCAAAUCAAGCAAGAGAAGGGAGAACAAAAGGAAGUGAAGGGAUGAAGAUCUUUAUGUAUGUUUAGUUACCACAACAAUGAGGCAAUUGAAACUAUCUACUCUUUAGUGGUGAAUGCAGCAAAUUUAUGUCUGUAGCAUGGGGGUACACUCAUAGAUAUCAGAAAUGAAACUCACUGCUGAUUACUGUUUACAAAUA